GCCACACAUAGCCCCUCGCCGUCCCCCCCCCCCCAAUGUUCCAGCCUCUUCCCGGAGCUGCGCAGGGCAGGCACGCAGGAAGCAUGCCCUGCUCCUGAUGCACGUCCGGCCGGAGCCACUCUGGUAAACACUGGGGGAGGGCGGGGGGGCUGCGAGGGGCUUGCGGGCCGCAGAAAAUGACCCGCGUGUUUGAGACCCCUGUGCUAGAUGAUGACUGGCAGUACCCACUGAGGCAAGGUGGGUUUAGAGGAUUGAGGGUUCCCCUGGGAGGGGAAAUACAGAAUAAGGGGUUACUGUGGGGGCAGCACCUCAAGGUAAAGGGCACUCGGGUCCGGCAGGGACAUGGAUGCCAGCGGCAAGCGAGACACUGGCCAGUAGGAGGCGCUCUGUACACUGGAGAGCUACUUCCCGAGAUGACCAGCAGAAGGCACUGUGCUGGUGAGUCUUGACCUCGCUACAGCGCCAUUGGAUUAGAGGAGCUUUUGUGGCAAGUACCACCAGUAGAGCAAUGUUUGUGUAAUAUAAUAUCAUAAGCAUAUUUUCAUAAAGAAUGUAGAGUAUAAUAUCACACCCCACAUGUAUGUUUGCUGCUCUGCAAAUAGUAAAGGAGCAUGCACCUUUGGGUCUAAAUGCUCAUGACAAUAAUGCAGAGCCAUGCAAGCUCCAUGAUUCUGUGUGAGAUGGCAGACAGUGAGGAGGGCCAGGCAGGUUAGUGGGUUUAGAAAAAAAGGUGUAAUCAUUAUGUAUACAUUUAUGUAUGGGAUACUUAUAAAAUUAGUGGAUGGUUAACAAUGCAUUAUAAGAAGUUGGAUCCCAUGGCCACAACCACCCCGUCUGACCUGUUUGAUACCCAGCAUAUACUGCCAAACCAAAGCUUCCCAAAAUACAGUGGGUGGAUAGUGGGAUAUCUAUUCAUGGUGCAUCUCACUCUGAAUCUAUACAAGUGCUUCUGGUGAGUACCCUGACUGCUGAGGCAAGGAGUCCAGGAGGCAUGCACACAAGUGACAUAGUAAUGGUAGUGACUCUAUGGUGACAUAACUUGAGUUAACCCAAACUUAAAGUGUACAUAUGGCCUUAGGUAUAUUAAAUGUUUGGGAGUAUGAGGGUAGACUAAGAUUCAUUCAGGUGUUUAGGCUCAAGGCAUUGGAACUGGCCUUACUGCACCAUACAGGCUCAGGAACAAAGAGGCACAAAAAAAAGGUAUCAUUUAUUUAUUAAAAUUUCUUGACUCAAGGGUGUAUAACUCCAUGAUUUUAGAAUUCUUGUGAUUGUAAAGGUAUCUUGGGGUUGUAGAUGUGUGUUCGUUAUGUUUUGAAAGGAAAAACUAAUGAACGGGUUGAACAAAGAAUUAGAUCAGUCCCUCAGGAUAAGUAGAUUGGCUAUUAACUAAGAUAAUCAGGCCCAUGCUCUGCAUGUCCCUAAAACAUUCUUUGACUGCCACAUAUUGGGAGUGGACAAUGGGAUGGUUCAAUGGGUCGUUGCCUGGUCUUGAUCAUUCCCUUAGAAGUACCUGGCAUUGGCCACUGUCACAAGACAGGAUACUAGAUUAGGCGGACUAUUGGUUUGACCACCAAUAUUUACCCCAUUGGUGGAUUGACUCAAAACAAAGUUUUGACAAUAGGCCAGAAAUUCAGAGUGGAAGUCAGAUGAUCCAACAGAAUAAACAUCUGCUCUACAAAUGAGAAGAAAAAAUUAGAAUUAAAAAUUCAGGGAAUUCAGGGAAUCCCAGCAGCAGAUAAGACAACUUGACUCGGAGACUUUAUGCAUUCAGAUACAGUGAUAAGGGAUUCUUUGUUUCUGAGGGGAUAUAUGUAAAAUAUUUCACUGAAUUAAGUUUGAGAUUAUCUAUACUGGCAAGUUAAAAUGCUCUAACUUGCUAGUUCAGGGGUGUGGAAAAAUCACAACCCCCCCCCCCCCCCCCCCCGACGCGCAGCAAGUUUGAGCGCUUUAAAGCGCUAGUGUGGACAGGCUCGGCUCCCCGUGCUUGGAGCUAAUUCCCUCAUCGAGGUGGAUUACCAGGAGCACUGGCACCUGUGACAUCCCUUUGAACUUUGUAGUGUAGACAUAGCCUCAGUAGGUUAGAUCAGACAAAGAGGAGAUGCAUUGACUAGGCAUUGGGAUGCCUGUGCCUUUAAGAACCCAGCCCUGGGAAGCCGAUGCUGAGAGGUGCUGUCUGUGAGAGGGGGAAAUAAAAAAGCCCCUUUGCCCCCCCCCACCCCCCAUUUUGGCAAACACUGGUGUCUCAGUCCCACUGGGGUAACUGCUACCUCCUCUGCCCCUGCCUGUGCUGGGUUUUGCCCUCUGCCAGCGCCUCACUCCUGGGCUUAACUCCACCUUCUCCCCCCCCCAUCCCUGAUUUUCCCUUUAGCCCCUCUCCUAAUCCUGCCUCCAGCUGCUUGACCCCUCUGACCAGUCAAUUUCUGCCCCCCUGCUCCGAUUCACCCCCUUUGCCACUUUUUAACCCUUGUAAAUAGCAGUCAGCAGAUUUUUACGGCUAAUAAGGGCAGGGUGAAGGGCAGUGGCUUCAGCAUCUGUUACUGAGCAUGCUCAGUUCGUGUGACCAUACAAAAAAGCCACUUUGUUCAAAUAAAAAAGCCUCUCGUCCCCCCGCAACAAACUAUUUUGGCAAACACUGGUGUCUCAGUCCCACUGGGGUAAGUGCUACCCCCUCUAACCCUGCCUGUGCUGAUCAUUCUGACAUCCUCUGGCAGUGCCUCACUCCUGGGCUUAACUCUGCCCCCCCAUCCCUGAUUUUCCCUUUAGCCCCUCUACUAAUGCUGCCUCCAGCUGCUUGACCCCUCUGACCAGUCAAUUUCCACCCCCUGCUCAGACCCUGGCCACCCCCCUGCUCUGAUUCACCCCCUUUGCCACUUUUUAACCCCUGUCAAAAGCAGUUCGCAGAAUCUUAUGGGUAUAAGGGCAGGGUGAAGGGUAGUGGCUUCAGCAGAUGAACUGAGCAUGCUCAGUACACCGUAAGUAACACAUUACUACGCAGCACAAUAUUGGUGGCUCACGCUCCUGUGUGUUGCCAUAGCGUAUCGUGACAAUGGACGGAGCACGGAGACCAGCUAGGUUAAGUUGUCCUCUCCUAUUUCCAUCCCUUUCUCUGGCUCAGUUAUUUUCGUAACUGAGGUUUGUCUUCAGACACUUGAGUUUUGCAGGUUCUCUCGUGUCAUUUGUGCCUGGCUUCCUGCUGUGAUCGCUGCCUGCUGUUUUGUGUUCCUACUUGUUUCUGGGUCUGCUACAGAUGAAAACAAAGCUAUUCUGCAAACAGUGUCAAGGCUUGUACCUUGUCCCAUAAUAGGUUACUGGUGAGAGAACACAAUUAAGCAACAUAAGACAAAAGCUAAAUAGAUAGCAUCAUGGUCACUGCUCAGGAGUCAGGACAACCACAGACCUGCUGUGACAUCUUAUGCAAUCCACUUCAUCUGUGAAGCAGAGAAAAUGCUUUCUUCCUUGAUAUUGUUUCGGGUGAUUACUUUUGGCUUAAAUGCAUUUACUCUCCGCUAUGUAUCAAAAGAAAUGAUUGGCCUUGUGAAUGUAAGGCUAACAUUGCUUUAUUCUACAGUUGUUUUCUUAGCCAGAGAGGCGUUCCGUAGGGCUUGUUUGAGUGGCAGCACAAAGCGAAAUUGGACCAAAACUAUUAAUCUUUUGUGGCUAACAGUUCCUUUGGGGGUGUGUUGGUCACUGUUCCUGGGCUGGAUCUGGCUACGGUUACUUGAAGUUCCUGAUCCUAACUCCGUUCCCUACUAUAAGAUUGGAGUAGUUGCAUUUGGUCUUUCUGCAGUGGUUGAACUUCUAGGAGAACCAUUCUGGGUUUUGGCACAAGCACAUUUGUUUAUUAGGCUUAAGGUAAUUGCUGAAAGUCUUUCAAUAAUCUCCAAAUGCAUUUUGACAGUUAUUUUAGUAGUGCUGUAUCCACAAUGGGGACUUUACAUUUUUUCUUUGGCCCAGCUUUUAUACACCAGUAUUCUGGUGUUGUGCUAUGUAAUGUAUUUCAUGAAGUUUUUGGGUUCUCCUGAAGCAACAAAGAAAUCUUUUCCACUUUCUAGAAUGACAGAUCUGUUACCCAACUUGACUGAAGACCAGACUGUGGUUGACUGGAAAGAGGCUAGGUUGACUUGGAGCUUCUUUAAACAAUCUUUCUUGAAACAGAUGUUGACAGAAGGUGAAAGAUACGUGAUGACUUUUUUGAAUGUGCUAAAUUUUGGAGACCAGGGUGUGUAUGACAUAGUGAAUAACCUUGGUUCUCUGGUGGCUAGAUUUAUCUUUUUGCCAAUAGAGGAGAGUUUUUACAUUUUCUUUGCUAAGGUGCUGGAAAGAGGGACGGAUGUAAAGCUACAGAAACAAGAUGAUAUUGCAAUGGCUGCAGCAGUGUUGGAGUCACUGUUAAAACUCGUGCUUCUGGUAGGCCUGAGCAUUACAGUUUUUGGCUACGCCUAUUCUCAACUGGCUCUGGAUAUUUAUGGAGGUUCAAUGCUCAGUUCAGGAUCAGGUCCCAGUCUCCUGCGCUGCUAUUCUUUAUAUGUCCUGCUUCUUGCUGUCAAUGGAGUAACAGAAUGUUUUACAUUUGCUUCUAUGUGCAAAGAGGAGGUAGACAGGUUCAAUUUUGUUAUGCUGGCCUUGUCCUUCACAUUCUUGUGCGUCUCUUAUUUCUUGACUCAGUGGCAAGGCAGUGUAGGCUUUAUCCUUGCAAACUGCUUCAAUAUGAGUAUUCGAAUAGCACACAGCAUUCACUACAUCGACAAUUACUUCAAAGAGAGCUCUUACAGACCUUUGAAAGGGCUGCUACUCUCGCCAUCACUAAUUUUUGUUUAUAUUAUUAGUGGAGUAGUCACUGUUUUUUCAGAGGUAUUCUUGUGCUGUGAUAAAGGCUGGCUGGCGAGGCUGAUUCACAUCACUGUGGGAGCUCUGUGCUUCACAGCAACACUUAUCACUGUAUUUUUCACAGAGACCAAGCUGAUUAACUUUGUUAGAACGCAGUUCCUGUCACGAUAUACCAAGAAAGAAACUUAAAAUGAUCAUGUACGGAAUAAUUGUUAUGUAUGUAUGUAUAUGUUUGCUACAAAGGUAUAUUUUAUAUAUAAAAUAUGCACAGGAUAAGUUUUAAUGGCACCUUGUAAGGUUUCUUUAAAAAAACAAACAAACAAACAAAAAAACUCCCAUAGAAUAUUUCUGAGACUGUGUAGCUGAAAUGGAAAUAUUUGGCAACCAGAUACUAUUUCCAUUUUCAAAUCCUUUAAACUCAUAACAGGUUCCAACACAAAUUAUACCAACCCUGAGCCAGGUAAUUCUCCUUGUCAUUCUUAUCAAAGCUUUUUCCUUCAUAACAGUAUUGCCUAACAUGAAACAAUUUGGAACGGAAAACUUCAGACAUUUUAUGUUCUAAACAAAUAAAUGGAAUGCACAAACUUUUAUAUGGAUGCAUGUGGAUUGUACAAGAGUGCUUGUUUUUCUAUAUACCGUUUACUUACCAUCCUAGUCAAUAUACCCAAAAUAUACUUCUUCAGUGUUCACUAAACUAGUGAACAAUAUUGUGUUUUGGAAGGAAGUUCUGCAAAGCGUAAGCCCUCUCUGUUCUUUCUCCUGAGUGCAAGUCACAGCUGAAAUUUCCCAAAGUCCAGAAGCUCAAUAGAGUUAAACUUAAAUCCUAUAACUUUUAUUUUAUCUCUAUUUUUAGUCAAUUUAUAAAUACCAGUGCAAACAAAAAAUUUAAAUAAAAAUAUUCUCUCAUAA